AUAUCCCAUUGUUAUUUUACGGGAGCUCAGAGUUGUGAAUGCAAAACUCUGUUUUCUCGCUGCAGAUGAGUCUCGCGAGACUUUGUACACGGGGUAGCUGAGUUGGAGAGGAUCAUGGCGGAGCGCAGGAGGCAUAAGAAGCGGAUCCAGGAGGUGAGCGAGCCCACCAAGGAGGAGAAGGCGGUGGCCAAGUACCUUCGGUUUAAUUGCCCCACAAAGUCCACCAACAUGAUGGGUCACCGAGUCGAUUACUUCAUUGCCUCCAAGGCCGUGGACUGCCUGCUGGACUCCAAAUGGGCCAAAGACAAGAAGGGAGAAGAGGCGCUGUUCACCACCAGAGAGUCGGUGGUAGAUUACUGCAACAGACUCUUGAAGAAGCAAUUCUUCCACCGAGCUCUUAAGGUGAUGAAGAAGAAGCCGGAGAAAGAUGCUAAGAAAGAGAAGGAGAAAGAGAAAAUCAAGAGUGACAGCAGCAAAGAGGAGGAGAAAAAAGGGAAGAAGGAGAAAGAGAAGAAGAAAGAGUCUGAAGUCGCUGAAACCAAGAAAGAAAAAAGUGAUGAAAGCCCAGGAACCCCAAAGAAGAAGAAGGAAGUGAAGAAAAAGUUUAAACUGGAGCCUCAUGAGGAUCAGCUGUUCCUGGAUGGGAAUGAGGUGUACGUGUGGAUUUACGACCCGGUUCAUUUCAAAACGUUUGCGAUGGGGUUGAUCCUUGUUAUCGCAGUGAUUGCAGCCACCCUGUUCCCGCUGUGGCCUGCAGAAAUGCGUGUUGGAGUUUACUAUCUGAGUGUUGCAGCUGGCUGCUUUGUGGCCAGCAUCCUGCUUCUAGCAGUGGCUCGCUGCAUCCUCUUCCUGAUUAUCUGGCUGGUGACCGGCGGACGCCAUCACUUCUGGUUCCUGCCCAACCUGACAGCAGACGUGGGCUUCAUCGACUCGUUCAGGCCGCUCUACACGCACGAAUACAAAGGGCCGCGAAGCAGCGACAAGAAGGGCUCCGAUAAGACUGACGAGAAGGACGGCGCCGCCUCCCACAAGGCGCAGAAGUCCGACAGCGACGAGAAGUCAGACAGCGAGAAGAAGGACGACGAGGAAGAGGACGAAGACGAGGAGAGCAAAGAGGCGAAGGGAGACGCAACGGAAGACCGCCACUCGGAUACGGACAGCGACCGCCGGGAGGACGAAGGAUCGCAGCACAGCAACGGAAACGACUUUGAAAUGAUCACCAGGGAGGAGCUGGAGCAGCACACAGAGGAGGAAGAGGAGGAGGAAGAAAACGAGGAAGAAGGAGAGGAGGAAGACGAGGAGACGCACGAGAGGAAAGAGGGCAGCAAGAGUAAAGUCCAGACUGCUGAGACAUAAACUUCCUGUUCCAUCACUCUCGUUUCCUCCCUCCCUGCUGUGAUCCCAGGACCUGCUCGUCUGGCCUCUCCGGCAGCACAGAGGCUCCGUCUCGUUGUUGAGAUCUUCCUUCCACUAAACAGAACCGGGAUAGACACAUCGCUCACAGGUUUACGGCCAUGAUGAUGGGGAAAAUGUUUCAAAAAAAAUAAAAGAAAAAGAAGAAGAAGCCUUACGGUGGAAAUGAUUCCUUUCCAAUUCUAUGUUAUUUAUGUUAAAAUGAAACUGCUGAUUGCCUGAGGAACCUACCAGUCCAAAGCACCGCCGGUCAUCUGGUGAGUCCGGUAGAUUCCUCAGGCAGAAGGACGAUUGUUGUGCCAGCUGUUCAUCCUGAGCUCAGCCAGAUGGACCAAAUCCCCCAAACCACAGAGGCAGAUUAAAGGUUUGCAGAGUAGUGCGGGUCUCUGCAGAUUCAUCUCAAUUCAUUAAUUUAUUCACUAAUUCAAUUCAGAGAGGAAAACUUCUGUGUUACAUAGAUUCAUUGCACAUGUUCAGAUAUUUUACUUGUUUAUUUUGAUGAUUAUGUCUUGCAGCUAAUAGUCACAUCAGCAGGCCAGUCCUUUUCCUUCUUCUAUCCUUGUUGCUUGUGCAGUUUUUGUCAUCAGUUUACUUUUUUCUUCCACUUAACUUUCUCUUGAAGCACUAAUUUGUGCUUCUCCACAUCUCACUUUUUUGCCACAUUUUUGUUCCACUCAACUCUCAAUUAAUUCAUUUCAUUCAAUUCAGUUCCUUUUUAUUUUAUUAAUUUUUUCAUUAGCUGUAAGCCUUAGUCAUCACUGUGACAAGAAAUAAACUUUUAAAACAUGUCACCUUGUAAUAAAACUCAGUUUCCCUUUUUGAACUGAAAUACUUUUUAACUCUGAUUGAGAUGCAUCUGUUUUCUUUUUUUUUUUUCUUUUAAUCAUCAGUGCAGUUGUCCUCUCGGUAUAAAAUAUUUCUUCAUGUAAUUUAUCUUUGCAAGAACAUUUAAGCUACUGGAGACAGCUGGCAUGCUAAUUUUUUUAUUUUUUAUUUUUUUUAGAUUUUGUUAAUACUGCAGAAUUUGCUGAUGAAUUAACUCUGCAAGAGCUAAAGUUGGGAACAAAACCAGAUCUAAAGUGAACUCUAGUGCCAAACACACCAGAUAACUGAAGUGAUGCACGAUUAAACUCGAGGAGUUGAGUUCUGUUUUAUUAAGCCAUUUAUUUUGUAACUGCAGUGUCAAAAAUGCUCUCAAAAAGCACAGCACAAAGUUGUUAGCAUGCAGGUACACAGAGAGGAUUCUGGUCUCAAAGAAACCGUUAAAACUGCGUUCACACCAGACUCACCCAAAGGAGUCGUAGCUAGACUUGCACAACCAAUCAGUGGGCUUAUUUUUUGAGUCCAGAUCCGCCCACUGAUUGGCUGAGGUCCAGUCACUGAGGUCCAAACUGUUCUUUCACUUUGUCUUUGGGUUAGACGCUCUUUUUAGGCAUAGCAAGGAUUAUAUUUAAGUAUAAAACAGAAAUGUAUCAUUUAUAUGUGGAUUCUAUUAAUGUAUCAGAUAUAUGCAUAUAGUACUCAAAGUCUAAACCUAUAAAACAAGUUCUUUUCAUUUGUUCUGUCAUUGUUUUUAUCUAAAUCAUAGAGAAUAACUUUUAAAAGACAGAAUCUGGGAAUCAUUGGAUUGCAGCAUUCUUACCAAUAUUAUUUCUUAUUAGAUUUGCCGCUAUGUCAAAGUGUGUGAUGUGGUUGGUUGUGAGUUACCAGGUCUAUUUUUCUCCCUCUAGCAAAGAAACCUGAAGUUUCCUGUAACACAAACUGAUAAAAAGGUUUAACAUCAACACAGCUUUCUGUAUGUUGUCUAGUUUGUGUUAAGUAGUUUUUGUUUUCCUUAACGUAGUCCUAACGAGGUGCUGCUUUCUGAUUUUGUAAUUUGCAUGUCGUCCUGUUUAUCAUUCUGUUUCCAUCCUUUUUUUAAAUUUUUCCUUUUUUUUUUGUUUUAAAACGGGCAAAAGUGCAUCUAUUUGCGGAGAUGCCAGCAGCUCAACUCUGAUUCUUCACACAAAAACAAAACGAUUCUCCCAGCUGUUCUUGACUGUUGCAAACUAUCGGUCUGUUGUGUAUCGUAGUAUUACCCUAUGCUGCUGCUGCUGCUGCUGCUUCUCGUCGCACAUUUCCGGGGAAAAUUCAAGUAAAAAUGUUUAAAAAAAAACUUCCACAUUUUAUCUCUGGUGUCUUUUGUUUUUUUUUAACCACCUUAUCGAUAUCACUCUCAAGACUGUCUUCUAAGAUAUCGAAGUGUAAUUUACUGAAAUUGGAUGUCUGGAUUAUAUCUGUAUGUUAUUGCAAUAAAAACCUAGAAAGCAUCAA